AUGCCGUCCUCCAAGCGCGUACAGGCGCCCUCGGACUUCGAGGACCAGAGCGACGGAGGCUCUGAGAGCGCUGCAGUAAUCUCUUCGCCUCAUUCGAGAAAACGAGCCCGUACUUCCGCUUCAACAUCCUCCUCUGAUGUGUCUGGCACAAACGAUCGUGACACUGGGUCCCCCUCAUCUCCCACCGAUGACGCGCUUCUCGACGAGGAUGAAGAUGAAAACGAGCUAGAAUUGCGCCAAACACAAAUCAUUCAGGAGAAAUAUGCCCAUCUGGUCGAUGAGGCCAACGUGCCUGCCGAACAUGGUAUCCUCGAACGUGUCGAAUGCUACAACUUUAUGUGCCAUAAUCACUUCUCCGUGGAGCUGGGGCCGUUGAUCAAUUUCAUCGUCGGGAAGAACGGUAGCGGCAAAAGCGCGAUCCUGACUGCAAUCACACUUUGCCUGGGAGGAAAAGCGUCGGCAACGAACCGUGGACAAAGCUUGAAGAGCUUCAUCAAAGAAGGCAAGGAAAACGCUUCCAUCAUCGUGCGGAUCAAAAACCAAGGCGAUGGCGCCUACCUACCAGACGACUAUGGGAAAUCCAUCAUCGUUGAGCGCCAUUUCUCUAAGAGCGGAUCCAGUGGUUUCAAAAUCAAAGGAGACAAUGGGCGCAUCGUCUCGACCAAAAAAGCAGAGCUGGAAUCCAUCACCGACUACUUCUCUCUGCAAAUCGACAACCCCAUGAACGUUCUCUCGCAGGAUAUGGCUCGUCAGUUUCUCAGCACUUCAAGUGCAGCGGAGAAAUACAAAUUUUUCGUCAAGGGUGUCCAGCUAGAGCAACUAGACCAGGACUACCGCCUGAUUGAGGAAUCAGUCGAUCAAAUUGAAGAGAAACUUAGAACCAAAGCGCAGGACAUCCGUAUUCUGGAGAACCGCAAAGACUCAGCAAGGAAGAAGCUGGAAAUUUCCGAUCAACACGAUUCUUUGAGAGAACGCAUCCGAAAUCUUCGGAGUCAAAUGGCUUGGGCACAAGUAGAGGAUCAAGAAAGAGCCAGAGAUUCCUUCAGCAAUGAACUAGCCAAGGCUGAUGAGGCCAUUGCGAGCGCCGAGGCCGCACUCAGCCAGUUCGAUGAUGCGCUCCGAGCUGUCCACACUGAGUCUGAAACUGCAGCAGAGCAUGGCUACAGAGCAGACCUUGCGCUCGAGGAGGCACGAGGAGAGAAAGAGAAGAUGAAAGAACUAUUGGAUGAAGAAAUGAAUAAGAGACACGAGCUUCAGGCCGAGCAACGUCAGAUAAGGGAGUAUCUCAGAGCCGCGGAAACAAGAAUCUCUGAGACUCAGCAAAAGAUUGAGAGCGAGAACCAGCGUCUCGCCGAGGUGAGCGAUGGAGGCUACGCUCGAAAACAAGAGGAGUGUGAGCAGGCUACACAUCGCGCUGCUGCUGCACGCAGUGAAUACGAGGCACAUGGUCAAGGCCUUAGUCCUUUGCAGGAGGCUAUCAGAGCUGCCGAGCGGAAAGAGCAAGCAGCGAAGGAGCUAGUUAGGGAUAAACAGACCGACAUCGCCCAAGCGGAGAGCCGGUUACGAGAGCUCACGAAAGAGGAUGGACAACGGAGGUCCGGCUUCCCCGAUAAAAUGCCAGCACUGCUCAGGGCGAUCCAGCAGGAAAGGUCAUUCGCUGCGCGACCGGUUGGCCCACUGGGCCACCACAUCACCCUGCUCCAGCCAAAAUGGGCCUUCAUUCUCGAGAACGCACUUGGUACCAGCCUCACUAGCUUUGCAGUGAGAAGUUACGGCGACAAGAAAAUCCUCAGUGACAUUAUGAGAAGAGUGGGCUGCAACUGUCCAAUUUUGGUUGGAGACCGCGAUAAUAUUGAUACUUCGAAUCACGAACCUGACAGUCAAUAUGACACGGUCUUGAGAAUCCUCCAGAUCGACAAUGCCCUAGCUCGGGGCCAUCUCAUUAUCAAUCAUGGCAUAGAACAGAUGCUGUUGAUUGAGAAUCUAGAAGAGGCAUCCUCUCUGCUCUUCGACGGUCAAAGGGUCAGGAAUGUGAAACGAUGCUACUGUAUCGAUUCGAGAGAUCGCCGGCGAGGAAUGCAUUUGUCGUAUAACAGAGAGGGUGGCCCCAGCCAGGCCCCAGUGCCGAUGUAUACUGGCCAUCCUCGCAUGAAAUCAGACGUCGCCUCCCAAAUCAGUGCUCAGCGAGAAGUCGUGCAAGAUCUCCAGCGUCAGCUGAAUGACCUAAAGCAAGAGUGCCAAACUGCCGCCUCUCAUGUCAAAUCACGCAAGCAAGCAAUUGCUGAGCAUCAACGAAAGGGCCAAGAAUUGAAAAUCGAGAUGCAGCAAUUGGAAGAUCAUGCCGAAGCGCUCAGAGAUGCUCUUGAAAGAGAAAAUGCCGAGGAUGGACAAAUUGAUGCCUUGCAGGCUGCUCUGAAGGAUGCUGAGGACGACUUGCAACUCAAUCAGGGGUCUUUCCAGGAUAGUGAGGCAGCAAUGGCCGCUAUUAUGGAGAGUCUGAAGACCAUGCGCCGCGAGAUCUCUGCGAAAGAUCGAGACUUGGAGACCUUGUUGCAAAACUCCCGUGUCGCCAAGGAGGAACAGAAUCGUGUCGACAAUGAACGCCGCAAGAUCCUGAGCAACAAAAACUUAGCUGUUGCACACAUUGACCAAGACAAGAGAAACAGGGAGAAGAUGCACGAGAAGCGGGAACAAGUGGCAGCACGAGUGCUUGACUAUACCGAGAAGGCCAGUUUAGUUUCGGCGCGAGUUCCCGUGGAUGAAGGCGAGACUCCUGACAGUCUCGAUCAAAAGCUGGAGAGAUUGAAUCGAGAUUUGGGUCGAUACAAUGAACAGCUGGGAGCUACAAGAGACGAAAUUGCUGCCGAGGCUUCUCGAACGGAGGCCGCGUAUCAACGGGCGAUGAACCAGGUCAAUGAGCAGACAACGCUUGUCCAGAUAUUCAAGGAUACUCUGGAUAAUCGUAAAAAGAGGUGGGAGAUCUUCAGAUCACAUAUCUCGUCUCGCGCAAAGGCCCAGUUCACCUACUUGUUGAGUGAGCGCAGCUUCCGAGGUCGGCUCCUCGCCAACCACCAGGAUAAGCUGUUAGACCUGCAGGUUGAGCCCGAUAUCACGAAAGAUGAUAGCACCGGACGUGGCGCCAAAACACUCUCCGGUGGCGAGAAAUCAUUCUCACAAGUCUGCCUGCUGCUAGCCCUCUGGGAAGCCAUGGGGUCUCCUAUUCGCUGCCUCGAUGAAUUCGAUGUAUUUAUGGACCAUAUCAAUCGAAAGAUGGCCAUCGACAUGCUUAUGAUCGCCGCUCGACGGUCUAUUGGACGCCAAUUCAUUCUCAUUACACCUGGAACCAAGACCGAUAUCACCAUCGCCCCCGACGUGCGGGUCAAGGAAUUGGCAGAGCCGGAGCGUGGUCAAACAACCUUGGCGUUCCAAAGGUAA